GAGUGGUGGAAGCUAUAAAGCCAAUAAGCUGUUAGCGUCGCCCGAUUAGUAGUAGUUUAGUGUUGUUACUAGUGAGGUGUGGAAGGAAAGCGCGUGAUUCGACUACGAGAGACAAGUGCGGCGUGAAGUGAUUUCGUGCAGUGAUAGAAUUCUGAACUGAAAGCGAAGAACAACUGUUUUAGCACAACUCCAACAAAAAAAAUGAAAUCCCUCUGCCUGAUUGUGUUCGGCGUGGCCGCCCUGGCCGCCACCGUGUCCGCCCAGCAGCAAAAGUACACCGACAAGUUCGACAACAUCAACGUGGACCAGGUGCUCAGUAACGAUCGGAUUCUGAACAACUACCUCAAGUGUUUGCUGGAGAAGGGACCCUGCACCCAGGAGGGUCGGGAACUGAAAAAAACCCUCCCGGACGCCCUGCGCACCAACUGCGAAAAGUGCAGCGAAAAGCAGCGAACCAACUCGCGCAAGGUGAUCAGCCAUCUGGAAUCGAAGAAACCGGCCGAGUGGAAGAAACUGCUCGACAAGUACGACCCGGAGGGCAUCUACAAGAGCAAGUUCGAGAAGCUCAACAAGCGAACCUAAGAGGGAGCACGUGGCAGCGGAUCGGAUCGGGAUCGGAUGGCACCUAAGAUUUUUAUAAUGUGAUAUAUAGAUUUUGAUCACUCGGAUGCGGGUGCAUGUUGGGUCGUCGGUGGGUGUCGUCGAGGGUCAACUACAGUAGCGAAGCAAAAGCAGCAAGCAGUUUUAGUAGCAGUAUUUCAGCAAACAAGUAUAGUUUGGAGGAGUCAAAUGACGGCAUUUUUCUGUUAUUCGCCAAUGACAAACUAAAAUUCGGUACAACAUAAACACGCAACGGUGUAUCCACCUACGUUUUAACUAGUGUAAUUUUCCAUAAGGUUAAGAAAGAUUUUAGGUAGAAUCGGCUGUUGAAAGCACACAAAGAAUAAACAAGACGAAAGUUUAAAGUAAA